UCCUACUUUCAGAUUUGGCGGUGCGUGCGAUGUCGCCUUCAGCUUAGGUUGUCCUGAUUACUUGGGCGCGGCAGAUAUGCGCAGGCGCGCAGGCGCCGUACGUUGUACGCUCACCCCGGAGGAACGUGCAGGGCUCUGUCGGCAGUACCAAGCUGCAGUCAAGCGCGCGCGAGAUCUGGCGACGAGGCUUAAUGAGGAUAUCUGGGUGGUGGGACUUCCUGACGAGUUUCUCAUUGAGAUCUUCAAGUGGUCCAUCACCCUUUGCAUGCGGCCUGUCAACCGCUCGGCCGAAAUAGAGGAAUAUGGGUUUGAUCUCUCGAUCUCAGCCUCAGACAUCUAUGGAUGGCUUCCGGUCACCCAAGUAUGCAGUCGCUGGAGGCGUGUUGCGCUUGGUGCAGCCACGCUGUGGACAAGGAUCGCGGUCAUCUCACUUGACUGCGUAGAGACGUUCCUGCGGAGGUCAGGGCAGCUGCCUCUCGAUAUCCGGGGCGAGAUAUACCAUCCCUCCCGCCUCGACGGUUUCGCAAGCUGGGAACCCGUGUUCAGGCAGUCGCAUCGUAUCGAGCGACUCACCAUUCAGGACUACAACGAGAACUAUUACAGGCUGUCCGCCGAGACCACACGCAUUCUCAUUGAAGGCCUUCCAGAGCUGCCAAAUCUGAAGAAGCUGAAAGUAGCCGCCCCUCCAGAUAGCUGGCAAGUCCCAUCUAUUCUACGACACCUUGAAGAGAGACCUCCCGUAUCCCUUGAAAGUGCAGAGAUCUUCGGCCUUACCCUACCCGACCUCAGAUCUUGGUUUUCGCCAAACAUGACACAUCUCUGUCUUUCGAAUAUUGCCCCGCUGUAUGAGGAUGCGGCCAGAUUGAGGAUGCUGCUAGAGAUUCUGAAGACUCUUCCACUCCUCCAGACGGUCAAGCUAUGGAACGGCUUGCCAUGGGCUGACGACCCCGAGCUGGAGAUACCUUUCGACUCUCGCGAGCCUCGUCUCCUCUUCGACAAACCGGUUUCCCUGCCAUGUUUGCGUCUACUGCACGUAGCCUCCACCUCGUCCGACCAGUGUCUGGCCCUCGCCACACUGCUAGCGAACUUGGAAUUUCCCGCGACGGCAGAGCUAAACCUGCUCGUUGUCGACGAGGAAAUAGACACCGAAGAGGACUUGCAGGCCCUUGAGUACAUCGGCCCCGCGCUCACCAAGCGACUUGAGGCUUCCGCUACGCACCAGCCCCCGGCGCCCGUGCGCGCGCUACGCUUGGAUGCUGAGAGCGAUGCAACUGCUAAGUUCACAGGAUGGAAGGAGUCACUGCCCUCACUCGCGCCUAUGCCAUACGGGGCGCCGAAGGCGAUCGGGAAAGCGUCGCCACUGUUCGAGUUGAGUCUGAAAAGCGUCAGUGCACGCGCUGCGCUUGCAUUGUUCGUACCCCUGCUCCCACUAGAGACGAUAGAGACGCUUGCCGUGGGCUUGUUAAUGCGGUGGCCAGCCUUUGACCACCAUCCUCUCGAAGAAUGUAUCUGGAAGCAGCAACUUGCCCAGAUGCCGAAUAUACGCACCCUAUGCGUCACAGGCGCGUCUGCAACCUUCCUCCCGGAGGCGCUUCGUCCUCAUCCCGAAACCGAAACGGUACCACUCCCGAUGCUCAAGCAGCUAGAACUGUCUGAAGUCGCGUUUCUCCAUAAGGUCCCAUUGGUCAAUAAAACUGGCGGCGCUGGCGAGAUGUUGGAGCGCAACCAGUGGUUCGAGGUUUUCACAGGUACGCUGCAGGCGCGGGCGGAUCUGAAUCCAGAACUACGUCUUGAGAAGAUCCAUAUUAACUGCGCGCAAAGUAUCAGAGAGGACGAUAUAGAGGAAUUGGAGAAGUAUGCCGAUGAAGUUAUUUGGGAUCUCGAUGUGUUAAAAUCUAAACGUUAGCAUCGAGAUAGUGGCCGCAGGGGAUUUGUAUGAAAUAUUCAGUCUAGAGAAUUGAAUGCUGUUGU